ACACUCCCCAGUGUGUAUGUCUGGGCUGAGGAAUUGUGUUGUGGUCAGAGCAGACACACAUUCUCACACACAGGCCGAGUUUGUUGUUGCAGCCAGACAAUCUUAAAGAGCCAGUGGAUCUUGCCAUGGAUUUAAUGGAGCUGUUCUUUGUCUGCCUUGGUGCUGCAGUCGUAGUCUUUUAUGGAGUGAAAAUGGUCCGCUUCGCUAAGAUGCUUUAUCCCAGAGUUUGCUUUCCGCAGCCAGAUUCUUUCUUUACAUCAAUGGGAGAGUGGGCAGUGGUCACUGGUGGGUCAGACGGGAUAGGGAAGGCUUACGCCUUUGAGCUGGCAGGACGUGGGCUGAACGUGGUGAUCCUGAGCAGAACCAAGGACAAACUGGACCGGGUGGCACUGGAGAUAGGAGAAACCACGGGUCAGAAAGUGAAAGUGAUCGUAGCCGAUUUCACUGAGGAUGACAUGUACGAACACAUUGAGGAGAACCUGAAAGGCUUAAAUAUCAGUGUAUUAGUGAACAACGUGGGGAUUCUGCCUAGUCAUAUUCCCUGCAAGUUCCUGCAGACUAAGGACCUGGAACAGCCUCCGUCCCCGCGGGAUGCCUUUUGCUUUUUGAGAAUUACAAAAGUGAUCAACUGCAAUGUGAAAGCCUUGGUCAAGAUGUGCCAAAUAGUCCUGCCAGGGAUGGAGAAGAGAGGGAAGGGAGUGAUCGUGAACAUCUCCUCUGGUGUUGCCAGUGUUCCCUCCCCCAUGUACACCAUGUACUGCGCAUCAAAGGUGUUUGUGGAGAGGUUCUCUCAAGGUCUGCAGGCUGAAUAUAAAGCAAAAGGAAUCAUGAUACAGGCAGUGGCUCCAUUUGGGGUGUCCACCCCCAUGACGGGCUACCAGAAGUCCAACAUGGUGACGCUGACAGCGGAGGACUUUGUCAGGACAUCCCUGGAGUACCUCCAAGCCGGGGACAAGACCUACGGCAGCAUCUGUCACACAGUACUGGGUUGGAUGGUACAGGCUGUUCCUCAGCAGAUCCUCCACAGUGAGACCAUGCAGGACAGUCUACUGGAGUAUGUGAAGAAAAGAGUGGGGACAUAGGUCAUAGGAGAUCACCUGCAACACAUGCACUAUUUUAGCAUCAUGUACUGUAUGCUUGUCUGUAAAUAAUAUGAUGCCUUUUAAAUAACUUUUUCAUAUGUAUGUUUUUCUAAAACAAGAGGACUGUAAAAUACAUUUUUAACUCAUACUUCUAGUAAGUUGAACUCAAAAUCAAUGUUUAUGUGAUACUGACUCAAAAUGAGAAGUCACACCAACUUUUCCCAGCAUGCUCUGCUGCAGGUCGAUUUUUUGGAAUCUGUGUUUUUUAAUAUACGUUGAGUGAUUGAUUAAUCUUAUACUACACAAAGAUAAAUAACAUACCUUUUUAUAAACUAAUCCAAUAAUUUUGUUUGAAUUUUUAACUUGUUACUGAAAUGGUUUAACUUGUUACUGAAAUGGUUCCAGGUUAAAUGGCUUAGGCGGUCUCCUCCCAUUGUUCCUAACCCUCCUGGCAGUCAUUAUCAGGUUGCGGGUGAAUACAAAUUUCAACUGUUGGAUAGCCUAACUGGCUGGAUUCCAAUAGAAGUUACAGCAUAAUGUGACGUGCAGGUAGAAGUUAAAACACAAGUAAAUUUCCCCCUUUGGAAGAUUCCUCGAAAGACUUCCUCGAUUUACAAAUCUGGGAAUUUUGGGAAAGUUACCAGAAUUCUGCAAUCCUACUUGAAGGACUGAUGUGACCUGUAAACCAUGAGUUUCAGGCCAUUGUAUAAAGGUAUAUAAAAUAAGACCUUAUAAGAUAUGUAAUGUAUUGUCAUAAAGAGUUUAAUUAUCAUAGGAACUCAGUUAUUGAAGGCCACAGGACUGAAAGUUAAUGAAUUCAACAACCAUGUCUCUGUCACUAACAAAUACUGUCAUGGGUGGUAACUCUACAAUUCAUUUGAAAAGGAAAUUAUAUUUAACAUUUUCAAGCUGAUAUAACUAAAAUACGGACCCCCUACAGGGUCACAGUGACUCUAUCGGUUUGAGUAAUUACAACAAAUUCACUUUAUGUAACUGUACUCAGAUAUAUUUAGUGCAACAGGUUUCCUCAAAAGUUUUACAGUGAGGGAAGAGAGGGCCGGUGGCACUGUUGUCUUACUGGGCCAAUCAACUACGUGAACGUGUCUCAUGUUUCAACCUCUCUCUGAGCUCUAGGCUAAAGCCAACACAGAGGAAGACAGAACGCUUCUGAAAUGUUGCUUUUUGAGUGAACUGUUUUGUUUUUACUGAUUAUAUUUGAGUUAAGGCUAAUUGAUCAAAUUGAGGUAAUCAGUUUCUCCCACAAAAAAAGUCUGUCAAUUUACAGUUACAUUUGAGUAAUGGUAAAUUAUAGUUUCUAAGUAAGGUGGGUGUCACGUUCCUGACCGGUUUUCUGUUAUUUUGUAUGUGUUUGACGGUCAGGGCGUGAGUUUUGGGUGGGUAGUCUAUGUUGUGUGUUUCUAUGUUUGUUAAGGGUGACCUGAUAUGGCUCUCAAUUAGAGGCAGGUGGUUUUCAUUUCCUCUGAUUGAGAGCCAUAUUAAGGUAGGUGUUUUCACAUUGUUUGUUGUGGGUGGUUGUCUCCUGUGUCUGUGUAUGUUACGCCACACGGGACUGUUUUCGGUUUUGUUUGUUCGUUCGUUUAAUGUAGUCAGUUUUCCUGUUAUUGCGUUCUUCGUGUUUUCUGUAAGUUCGUCGUCCAGGUCUGUCUACGUCGAUUAUUUGUUUUGUAAUUAUUCAAGUGUUCGUCGUGUUUUUUGUUUUGUUUAAUAAAUACUAUGUCGAACUACAA